UUGAUGCACAUAAAACAGGUGACGGGUAAAAACUGCAUAAUCUUGACUGGAUAUGUUUUAAAUAAGCAUUUUAGUUCUUGAGUCCGAUCGAAGCUCUGGUCAUUGAGACAAUCGACAAUUGAAACUCAGAGUCCAAACACGUUUUAAUCACCUCUAUUGGCUUAAAAGAGUGGCCGCCCUGUGAGUGGGGAGGGUUUUGGCAUUAAUUCUCAAUCUGCGCCGUGGAUUACGGUAGUGUUUGAGCUAGCGGUGUUUUUUUUUUUUUUUCUUUCUUUUUUUCUUUCUUGUAAUAAUAAGAAUAAUAAUUAAAAAUGAAUGUAACAGAAUACGACUUCGAGCGGCAAUUUGAUGAACGAAAAGCUAUUGAAUGGAUGCAAGAAAACUGGAGCCAGUCGUUCGUGUUCUGUGGCCUGUAUGGCACACUCGUCUUUGUUGGACGGCACUUCAUGAGGGGCAGGCAGAAGCUGGAGCUGCGGCGACCCCUCGUUCUCUGGUCCCUCGGCUUGGCCAUCUUCAGUAUCAUUGGCGCUGUGCGGACUGGAUGGUACAUGCUGCACAUCCUCACCACCCAUGGUUUUAAACAAUCUGUCUGUGACCAGACCUUCUACAGCGGACCUGUGAGCAAGUUCUGGGCAUAUGCAUUUGUCCUCAGCAAAGCACCAGAGCUGGGAGACACCAUGUUCAUCAUCCUGCGGAAGCAGCGCCUUCUCUUCCUGCACUGGUACCACCACAUCACUGUCCUCCUCUACUCAUGGUACUCCUAUAAGGACCAGGUGGCAGGUGGGGGCUGGUUCAUGACCAUGAAUUUCCUGGUGCACGCCCUCAUGUACAGCUACUACGCGGUACGGGCGGCUGGUCUGCGUGUGCCCCGACCAUGCGCCAUGGUCGUCACUACUGCCCAGAUCAUGCAGAUGGCUAUGGGACUGACUGUUAGCUGCUUGGUCUAUCGCUGGAUGCAGGUGGAUCACUGCCCCUCCUACCUGGACAACAUCAUGUGGGCCUCCCUCAUGUACCUCAGCUAUCUGCUUCUCUUCUCCUCCUUUUUCUACCAGUCUUACCUCAAGUGCGGAGGUGGCAAAUGCUCAAAGGCAGACUAGGCUGACUGCAGCUGGGCUUAAUUUGGCAGGCGUCCCCUCUGCUUGGAGUCUGCAAGCGUAGCACUACAGACUUCAAGUGUCCUUUAUGGACUUUGCUAAGAGGCAAGCAGCUCAAUAGUCUGAAUUUUACUGAACUUUAGUUGUAGGUGAGUCGUGUAAUUUUCAACCAGUUAAUCAGGAGGGCUUUUACACUGUAGCCCGUCAAGUCCUUUUUAAUGGUCACAAGUCUAAUUGUGGUAUGUUAACUCAUUGAAAAGCAAAGACCUGGCUGGAGUUGAUCUUCAUGUGAGUGGCUUUGCACCCAGCUGAGUUGGUGGUAGCACAGGGAUUUUAUGGCUGGUGAAGUAGGUUUUUUUUUUUUUUUUUUUUAUACACUUUUUGAGUCUUGGCUAAAUCUAUCUGAAGUGACAUUGCCCCUUGUAGUAAACACGCAGUAAGCAACCUCUUGGUUCCCUUAUGUGUGGCCCUGGUUUAGUUUCAUGAGGGAUGGGCACUGGGUUUCAGGGUGUGCAGUAUUUGGUUACCUGUCACUUGGCUAUAGUAAUGGCAUUCUGGUUAAUGGGGCAGAGAAGCCCCUCCCCUGGGUUUCUAAUUUGAAUGUGUUCAUCUGCACAGUGACCCACACUUCACCUUGUGAUUAUAGAUGUAGUGUUGGAAAUAGUUCCGUAUGAUUCAGCUGCAUGCAAAGAGUGCCCCAGUUUCCUGAGGGAAUAUGUAGCUAUCAGACCCAAUUCCUGAAGAUGUACAGCAGGAGUCAGGAUACGAUUGGAAGGUGGCUAUGAGUUGCUGUUGAAGGAUAUAUCCGUGUUUACGAUGGUCCAGUGUCCUGGUUAUCAAGCAUGAUCAAUCAAAAGUGAGCAUUGCUAGACUUUAAGCCAGUGGUGGGAUCAUUGGAGUCGCACUAGUUUGCUGCUUUUUGGCUUAAGCCAGACCGUCACUAACAAGCCUUGUCUCAUUUAGUCAUGUAUUUGUCACUGACCAUGUUUUGAUUCAUGUGGUCUUUAGCCUAUUGUACAGUAAAACAUGGUUAGCUGUUCCACAUGGAUUUCAGUCCAUUAACUGAUGUAAAUAACUUGGUGCGGUCCUGCAUGUAUCAACUGUUAACAUGUAUAAAUGUGAAUAUUGAUGUUCCUAGGAUUAUGGAACCUUCUGAAAUUGUUUGUGUGUGUG